AUGGCGACUUCUACUCUCUUCCGUCCUGCUAUCCGCGCGGGAGCUGCAACAUUCCGCUCGACCGGCAACAGGGGCCUUGCUGGUGUAGCUUCUGCUCGCUUCAUCGCCAAAGUCACUCUUCCAGAUCUCCCAUAUGACUAUGGCGCGCUUGAGCCUGCUAUCUCUGGCAAGAUCAUGGAGCUUCACCACUCCAAGCAUCAUCAAACCUACGUCAACUCCUACAACGAUGCCGUCGAGAAGCUUGCAAGCGCCCAAGGCAAAGCUGAUAUCCAGACCCAGGUCACCUUGCAGGCACUGACCAACUUCCAUGGAGGUGGCCACGUCAACCACUCCCUUUUCUGGGAGAACUUGGCUCCCAAGAGCGCCGGUGGCGGCGAGCCUCCAUCUGGUGCCCUUGCAAAGGCCAUUGAUGAUUCUUUUGGCGACCUCCAGUCCUUCCAGAAGACUUUUAACACUGUUUUGGCUGGUAUCCAGGGAAGUGGUUGGGGAUGGUUGGUAAAGGAUAAGCAGACUGGCAAGAUCCAGAUCAAGUCUUAUGCCAACCAAGACCCUGUCUCUGGCCAAUUCAUUCCUCUUCUCGGAAUUGAUGCUUGGGAGCACGCCUAUUAUCUCCAAUACGAGAACCGCAAGGCUGAAUACUUCGGCGCCGUAUGGGACGUCAUCAACUGGAAGACUGUUGAGAAGCGAUACGCAUAA